CUCCAAUUUAUUCCCUUCAAAACCUCAUUCCUCUCCUGCUCUCUCCUGCGAUUUCCAUCUCCGUCGGAAUUCUUUGCGAUUCUCCGGUAGUGAUAGCAGCACCGAACAUGGCGACGAUCACGGCGUCUUUGGAAAGGUCUCUACAGAAAUGUUCUUUAAACCGCCACAGAAGUGGCGGAGGGGAAAACGGAAUAAGAAGGUCGCCCUCGUCGUCGUCAUCAUCAUCGGACGACAAUAACCUCCCUAACGGCGUCUCCGACACCACCUUAGAGCUCAACUCUCACCUUUCUCUCCCUUGCUACUGGGAACAAUGCCUCGAUCUAAAGACUGGGGAGAUUUAUUAUAUAAACUGGAGGAACGGGAUGAGAGCGAAGGAGGAUCCAAGGACAACGGAGGAGUACAGUGGAGAUUUUUAUUCAGAAGAUGAAGAUGGUGAGGCCUCUUACGAAAGCGAGGAGUCUUCGUUGGAGUCCUCUCCUUCAAGAGAUAGAGAUCAACAUUACAGCGAUCGACGGUGGGUGGAGAAAGAGAAAGAGAAAGAAAACGUCCUGGUUGUAGCCGGCUGCAAGAGCUGCUUCAUGUAUUUCAUGGUCCCCAAGCGAGUGGAAGAUUGCCCCAAAUGCACCGGUCAACUUCUCCACUUUGAUCGACCGGAAAAUGGAUCCCUGUGAACCAGAUUUGGUUUUUCUUCUUUCUUACCUUCUCUCCUUUAUUUUUUCAUCUGGUUUUGUUUUUGGGAAAAAAAAAAAAAAACCCCACUUUCUGCUUAUGAAAUGGUGAAAUAUGAGAUAAAUGGAUUAUUGUGUUUAGUUUCUUCCACUUUCCCAAUUUUUUCUUUCCUGAAUUCUUCCCAGUAUCUUGAUUUUUCUUUGGGCGCCAUUGAUGUUUCA